AUGGCAGAUGAACGUAAUUUCCGCUCAACCUACUACGAAAAGGUUGGCUGCCGUGGAGUUGAAGAACGGAAAUCUUUAGAAAUUCUGCUAAAGGAGAAACCCCUCAACCUGACCAAGCUAACGCAGUUCUGCAUUCGCUUCACCGUACCCAAAAUACAUCGAACCGUACUAUGGAAUUCACUGCUUGGCGUCACACCGGUAUAUGAUAAAUCCCGGGAAUACGUUAUGGAGCAACGCGUCGCUGUGUAUAACGAUCUGCUGAAAGCUUUGAAAACGAUGCGAAUAGUAGAUGAGAAUACUCCCACAGCUCGGGUGCUGUAUGCAAUGUGGUUGCUGGAGAAAAAACAGUUGUACCUCGGACGUGACAUUACUCAAGAAAGCCAUUUCUGUAACAUCACAAAAGUGUUGUUGGAAAUUUUCGAUAACGACAUCGAAACGUACUGGAUGGCGAAAAGUUUGUAUGAUUACUCCGAAGAGGUGUCGCUGGAAAUGGGAAAACUUUCCGAUCUAACGUACACCAUCCUGGAGAAGGAAGACAAUGGAUUGUACAUCCAUCUUAAGUCCUGUGAUAUGUUAACCGCAUUGCCACUGUCCGAUUGGUACCGAUCUUUCUUUGCCGGUGUACUAUCGGAACCGGCAUUGAUUCGCAUCUGGGACAAGAUAUGUGGUGGAGCCAUCAAAAUUGUGGUUUUCGUGAUGAUCGAAAUAUUGCGCAUGUUGCGACGGCGGGUCCUUCGUUGUGUCGAUCAGAAGAGUCUCUUCGAAUGUAUCGAUAGUAUAAAAAACGAACAGGAAACGGCCGACGUGAUCGUUAACGGGGCGAUCGAACUAUGGCAACAGAACAAGGGCCACGAGUAUAUCCCGCAGUCAAAGGUAAAAACACUCAGUUAGUCAGU